AUGGUCCGGAUAGCAGCUUUCGAGGUGGAGCAAUGGAUGGACGAGUACGAGACCACCCCGGGGUGCCUCAACAUCGCCGAGACCUGCGCCGCUUCCGUCUCCGUCGACGAGCUCGUCGGGCUCUCGGAGGAUAAGGGCGCGCCCGGCCCCGUCGACUUUUCCACCAAGCUCGUCUACGGCCCCAUCCGCGGCUCCGUCCCGCUCCGCCGGAGGGUCGCCGCGCUUUGUGGCGGCGACGGCUCGAGCGGUUCCGCGUCGUCCCCCAGCGUGCUCGGUGAGGAUGAUGUGCUCAUCACGCAGGGCGCCAUCAGUGCCAAUUUCUUGCUCCUGUAUACUCUCGUCAACCCGGGUGACCAUGUGAUUUGCGUGUAUCCCACGUAUCAGCAGCUCUACGGCGUUCCCGAGAGUCUCGGCGCGAACGUAUCGCUGUGGAGGCUGAAGAAGGACAACGGUUUCGUGCCGGACGUUGGUGAACUCGACGGCCUCGUCAAACCCAACACAAAGAUGAUCAUCAUCAACAACCCAAACAACCCCACCGGCGCACCGAUCCCCAAACCUGUCCUCACCUCCAUCAUUACUUUCGCCAAAGCCCGGGACAUUAUAGUCUUCUCAGACGAAGUCUACAGGCCCCUGUUCCAUGACUUCUUUGACGACGAUGCCGCCUCCAGUGUUCCACCCCCCAUCACGACCUUUGGCUAUGACAAGGUCGUCGUCACGGGCUCCAUGUCCAAGUCGUACGCCCUCGCCGGCAUCCGCAUCGGCUGGAUCGCCUCGCGGGACAAGGCCAUCAUCCAGGCCAUCGCCUCGGCGAGGGACUACACCACCAUCAGCGUCUCGCAGAUCGACGACCAGAUCGCGUCGUACGCGCUGUCGAAACCCGUCUGGGGGCCGUUGCUGAAGCGGAAUAUCGCGCUGGCGAACACGAACAAGGCUCUGCUCGAGGCUUUCAUCGACAAGUACAAGGGCGUCUGUUCGUGGGUGAAGCCCAAGGCCGGGACGACGGCCUUUGUUCAGUUCACUCGCAAAGGCAAGCCGGUCGAUGACGUGCGCUUCUGCCUGGACGUGCUCGACAAGACGAAAGUCUUCUUCGUCCCGGGGUCAAAGUGUUUUGGCCAUGAGAAGGACUUUGCGGGCUAUGUGAGGAUUGGCUAUGUCUGUCAUACCGAGGUACUCAGGGAAGCUUUGGAGAAGCUAGGGGCGUACAUGGACAGCAACUUUUCAUAG